AAUCAGAGAGCGAGCAGAUUUCAGUUCAAAUCAGAAUAAAGCGUUUUUUAAAACAGCAAACCUCGUAAUUACUAUUUUUCACCUUUUCGGCAUCUUUUAAUCCGACAACUUUUCUGAUAAAGAAUGAUGAGGACAAUUGUUAAUAAUUUUUCUGGAUUUAUCACUUUUUUAUUGCAUUUUUGCACCAUUGCAAAGUCAAUUUACCUGUGUAUAAUGUCCCUGAUAUGUGAUAUGAUGGUACGUAAAAAAAUUGUGAUGGAACAUGAUAAGACUGUGAUGGAGCAUGAAAAAACUGUGAUGGAACCUUCGCAAGUGUCUCAAAAAUAUUGGUACUUGGAAAAUGUUCUCAAACUUGAAGAAGAAAUUAAUCGAAAUAUUGAAAUAAUCAGCAAAGUUGCCGAAGCAGCUGAAGAAGAUGAUGAUAUUCGCAUGGUUACAAGUAUUGAAUUGAGUAAGUCAAAAAUGUUGAAAAAGGGCAAACUCAAGAUGUUUCGUGAUCUUUGUCUGGUCGCUCUUAAAGAGAUCCCUCCAAUUGAAGGAGACAAAGAAGUAACGAUUGAUGACCUUGAUGGUUUCUGGUGUUUGCUCAGCAUCGAAUCAGAAAAACACCGGCAAUCGGUCACGGAGAUAUUGAAACCAAGAUCCAUUAGUGACAAAGAAAAAGUGAACAUAGUGAACCAAAGUGAACAAAGCCAGAACAAAGUGAACAAAGCUCAAUGUGAACCAUCCAUACUAGCAGAAAAGCAAGCAGCUAGGCAAGCAGCCAUCAAAGUUAAAAAGACAAAUAUCGAUGAACGAAAUCGAAAAUACAUGGAAAGAAUGAAAAAAUUAAAAGAAAAGAAAGCCAAGCCUGUGCUAGACAAAGAAAAUUUUAAUCCAAACCAAAUCAGCUAGUGAUUUUCAACUAAUAUUCAUAUUUCAAUUGUACAAUAAAUACAUCAUAAACAUUGCACUAUUCAA